UAUUUGUAUUGUAAAAUGUCCGUCAUUCUUGGCCAAAGAUUAUUGAAACAACAAUGGAAAAAAAGUCAAAAUUUUCUAAAAUUACAUGCAAAUUUUUUUACCGAUCAUCUGCCAAUUAUAACAACAAAUGUUGAUAGAAAUUCUAAUGAAUUUCAAAAACGAGAUAAUGAAAUGCGUACAUUGGUUGAUGAUCUUCGCCAAAAAAUUCAACAUAUAUCAUUAGGUGGUGAUGAACGAUCCAGAGCUAAUCAUGUUAAAAAAGGAAAAUUAUUAGUACGUGAUCGUAUCGGGAAAUUAUUGGAUGUUGAUUCAAGUUUUUUAGAAUUUUCCGCAUUAGCUGCAUAUAAAUGUUAUGAUGAAGAAAUAAAUGCAGCCGGUAUUAUUACCGGUAUUGGUCGAAUAUGUGGACAAGAAUGUUUAAUUAUUGCAAAUGAUGCAACAGUAAAAGCUGGUACAUAUUAUCCAUUAACAGUAAAAAAACAUCAACGUGCACAAGAAAUUGCCCUGGAAAAUAAUCUACCAUGUAUAUAUUUGGUUGAUUCGGGUGGUGCAAAUCUACCACAUCAAUCGGAAGUUUUCCCCGAUAAAUCACAUUUCGGUAGAUCAUUUUAUAAUCAAGCAAAUAUGUCGGCAAAAAAUAUACCACAAAUAUCAAUUGUAAUGGGUAGCUGUACAGCUGGUGGUGCUUACAUACCGGCAAUGUCUGAUGAAAGUAUCAUUGUUAAAAAACAUGGUACAAUUUUUUUAGCUGGACCACCAUUAGUUAAAGCUGCUACCGGGGAAGAUAUUUCAGCACAAGAUUUAGGUGGUGCUGAAAUUCAUACAUCCAUAUCGGGUGUUAGUGAUUAUUAUGCUGAAAAUGAUUUGGAAGCAUUACAUAUGGCAAGGAAAAUUGUUUCAAAUUUAAACCGAAAAAAAUUACUACAAGAAAUGGAUAUAUUACCAACGGUAGAUGAACCAUUAUAUCCAAUGGAAGAUUUAUAUGGAAUUGUUGGUUCAAAUCUAAAACAACCAUUCAAUAUUAAAGAAGUUAUUGCCCGAAUUCUAGAUGGUAGCCGUUUUGAUGAAUUUAAAUUACGUUAUGGUGAAACAUUAGUAACUGGAUUUGGUCAUUUAUAUGGUUAUCCUGUUGGUAUUGUUGCUAAUAAUGGUAUUUUAUUUUCUGAAUCAGCAUUGAAAGGUGCACAUUUUAUACAACUUUGUUCAAAAAGAAAAAUUCCAAUAAUUUUCUUACAAAAUAUUACCGGUUUUAUGAUUGGUGGUGAUGCUGAACGUGGUGGUAUUGCUAAAAAUGGUGCUAAAAUGGUAACUGCUGUUUCUUGUGCACAGGUACCAAAACUAACAAUGAUUGUUGGUGGUUCAUAUGGUGCCGGAAAUUAUGGUAUGUGUGGUCGUGCUUAUUCACCUAGGUUUUUAUAUAUGUGGCCAAAUGCAAGAAUUUCGGUAAUGGGUGGUGAACAAGCAGCAAAUGUUUUAGUAACAAUAGCUAAAGAUCGUAAACAACGUGAAGGUGGUAAACAAUUAACCGACGAAGAAGAAAUGAAAAUUAAACAACCAAUUUUAGAAAAAUUUGAACGUGAAGGUCAUCCAUAUUUUGCAAGCGCUAAUCUUUGGGAUGAUGGUAUUAUUGAUCCGGCUGAAUCACGUAAAGUGCUUGGACUUAGUUUGAGUGCAGCAUUAAAUGCACCAAUUCCCGAAACAAAAUUUGGAAUAUUUCGAAUGUAAAAAAAAGAAUGUUUUGUUUUUUUGAAUACAAUUUUUUUAUUAUUAUA